UCCCCUCCCCUCACAGCCGGACAAAAAAUUCGCGCGUACGAAGCUCUCGAGGAGGUUUCCGCUUAGGAGAAGGCGGUGAUUAAUCGCCCCCUCAACACCUCCCCCUCUCUCUCUCUCCCCCUCUCUCUCUCCCCCUCUCCCCGCCCCCCGAGUCCCGGCUCGUUCCUGGUAAAAUGGCAACCAUGGAGAAGCUGAUGAAGGCCUUCGAGUCGCUCAAGUCGUUCCAGCAGGGCCCGCCCAGCGAGGAGCCCGGGCAGAAGCAGAAGAAAGAAUCUGCCACUACCAAAAAGGACCGUGUAACACACUGCCUGACCAUUUGUGAAAACAUUGUUGCACAGUCUCUGAGGAACUCACCAGAGUUUCAGAAACUGCUGGGGAUUGCAAUGGAAAUGUUUUUAUUGUGCUGUGACGAUACAGAGUCUGACGUUAGAAUGGUAGCUGAUGAAUGUUUAAAUAAAAUUAUCAAAGCCCUGAUGGACUCGAAUCUGCCGAGGUUGCAAUUAGAGCUCUAUAAAGAAAUCAAAAAGAAUGGCCCCUCUCGAAGUCUUCGUGCUGCACUUUGGAGGUUUGCUGAGCUGGCUCACCUUGUUCGUCCACAGAAGUGCAGGCCUUACCUUGUGAACCUACUUCCCUGUCUGGCUCGGAUCAGCAAACGUCCAGAAGAAGCUGUGCAGGAGACGCUUGCCAAUUCUGUGCCGAAGAUCAUGGCAGCUCUGGGCAACUUUGCAAACGACAGUGAAAUUAAAAUGUUGUUGAAGACGUUUAUUGGGAACCUGAAAUCGAGUUCUCCAACUAUUCGGAGAACUGCAGCCAGUUCAGCUGUUGUCAUCUGUCAGCAUUCAAGAAGGACCCAGUAUUUCUACACUUGGCUAUUGAAUGUGCUUUUGGGAUUUUUAGUCCCCGUGGAGGAAGAUCGGCCUACUCCACUUAUCCUAGGAGUAAUGCUUACACUCAGGUAUCUAAUGCCUUUGCUGAGACAACAAGUCAAGGAUACUAGUCUGAGAGGCAGCUUUGGUGUGACUCGGAAGGAAGCUGAAAUCUCCCCUUCUUUGGAGCAACUUAUACAGGCCUAUGAAUUAACAUUACACUACACCCAGCACAGGGACCACAAUGUGGUAACAGCUGCCCUGGAAAUGUUGCAGCAGCUGUUUCGUACUCCUCCUCCUGAACUCCUCCAGGCUCUAACCACUCCUGGCAGCAUCACCAGAGUCAGCAUUGCUCGAGAUGAAACCACAAACCGGCUUCGAAGUGGCAGCAUUGUGGAAUUAAUAGCUGGAGGGGGGNCUUCUUGCAGUCCUGUUCUUCUCAGAAAGCCAAAAGGAAAAGUGGUCUGUGGACAAGAGGAAGGACUGGAAGAUGAAGCAGAGACACGUUCUGAGAUCAGUGGUGCUUCUUUUCCAGGUGGCACGACUUUUCCAGGUUCAGUGAACAACGAGGAAGCUGCUGAAAUUCCAUCAUCUUCAGGCAUUUCCACCAUAGGUUCUACAAGCCCAUUGCCGGAUUCUGCAGGGCACGACAUCAUCACCCAGCAACCACGUUCCCAACAUACUUUACAGGCGGCAGAAUCUGUAGAUCUGAAUAGUUCAACGGUGACAUCAGACUUGACCAAUGUUGCAAACGAAGGGGAGGAUGAUGACAUUCUGAGCCGCAGCUCCAGCCAGAUUAGCACCAUUCAGUCAGAUACCACUAUAGAUCUGAAUGACCAGACCAAUCAGACAACGUCUCCGCUAAGUGAGAGCUCCCAGACCACAGAGGGCCCUGAUUCGGCUGUGACCCCGUCAGACAGCUCUGAACUUGUAAGUGUGCAGCGGGCUGAGGGGGGAUCCCAGUCAUCUACUGAGGGGCCUGACAUCUCUCCCAGCUCCCCCAUGGAAGGCCCAGACUCCGAUACUUCCACUUUCUCCUCCAGUUCAGCUAGUAGCAGUGAAAAGGUACUUGACGGGACAGACAGUCAGUAUUCAGCAAUGCAGAUUGGACAGCUUCAGGAUGAGGAGGAAGAUAGCACCAAUCCACCAGGAGAGGAACUCCAAGAUGGCUUUACUACUUCCUCUCUUGCAGUAAACAAGCCCCACUUGCUAAGUCACCUGGGUCACAGCCGGCAGUCGUCAGACAGCAGUGUUGACCGUUUUGUGUCAAAGGAUGACUGCGUUGAGUCAGCAGAUCUUGAAAUUAAGCCUUGCAGAAUAAAGGGAGACAUCGGACACUAUACAGAUGAGAAUGCUGCUCCUCUGAUUCACUGUGUCCGCCUCCUUACAGCAUCGUUUCUUCUGACCGGCCAGAAAAAAGGUCUCAUCCCUGACAGAGAGGUGAGGGUCAGUGUGAAAGCAUUGGCAGUGAGUUGUGUUGGAGCUGCCAUUGGACUUCAUCCUGAAGCUUUCUUCAGUAAACUCUACAGGACCCCACUUGAGGUUUCAGAGACGCAAGAAGAACAGUAUGUAUCAGAUAUCAUGAAAUAUGUUGAGCAUGGAGAUCCACAGAUCAGAGGUGCAACUGCGCUCCUUUGUUCAACGUUCAUCCAUUCAGUUCUUACCAAGACCCGGUUUCAUCCUGACACUUGGUUGGCCAACAUACGAAGUACUGCAGGGUAUAACGUCUCUUUAGAGGACUGUGUGCCUUUACUUCAGAAAACUUUGAAAGAUAAAUCAUCGGUGACAUGUAAAAUGGCAUGUGCUGCUGUCAGGCACUGCAUCACAAGUUUAUGCAACAGCAGCUACAGUGAGCUAGGAUUGCAGCUCAUCAUUGACCUUCUGACCCUGAAGAAUAAUUCUUACUGGCUUGUGAGGACUGAGCUGUUGGAAACACUGGCAGAGAUGGAUUUCCGAUUAGCCGGUUUCUUGGAGAGAAAAACAGUAGAACUUCACAAGGGUGAUCAUCACUACACUGGGAUGUUAAAGCUACAGGAACGUGCUAUCAAUGAUGUGGUUAUUAAUUUGCUGGGUGAUGAAGAUCCAAGAGUUCGGCACGUAGCAGCAACGACAUUAGUAAGGCUUGUCCCUCGAUUGUUUUUUGACUGUGAUCAAGGACAGUCUGAUCCAGUGGUAGCAAUAGCCAGAGACCAAAGCAGUGCAUAUCUGCAACUGCUGAUGCAUGAGACCCAAUCUCCAUCUCACUUUGCAGUCAGCACUAUUACCAGAACAUACAGAGGAUUCAACAUUUCACAGAGUACCACUGAUGUAACAAUAGAAAAUAAUCUCUCCCGCAUCAUUACUGCUGUGUCUCAUGCAUUAACGUCAUCUACCUCACGUGCCCUUAUACUUGGUUGUUGUGAGGUCUUGUGCCUGCUUUCAUUGAACUACCCUGUGUGUAAUUGGAGCAUUGGCUGGCAUUGUGGAUAUACGGCAACUAGUUCACAAGCCUCCAGAGUCCAUCUCUACAAAAACAGGGGACGGUCAUUCAGCGUAUCACAAAACAGUCCAACAGAUGACUCUCGAAAGGGCUGUACUGUGGGAAUGGUCAAUAUGAUACUUUCUCUGCUUUCAUCAGCCUGGUUUCCUUUGGACCUUUCUUCCCAUCAAGAUGCCUUAAUAUUAUCUGGAAAUUUACUGUCUGCCAUCGCACCAAAAUCUUUGAAGAAUCCCUGGGGCACUGAAGAUGAUACCGGUGUGUCCAACAAGCAGGAGGAGCCAUGGCCUGCUUUGGCUGACAGGACCCUGGUAGGCAUGGUGGAACAGCUCUUCUCCCAUUUGAUGAAGGUCAUAAAUAUCUGUGCGCAUGUGAUUGAUGAUGUUGCACCUGGCCCAGCUCUCAAGGCAACUCUGCCUUCACUUGCGAACACCCCAUCCCUCAGCCCAAUCAGGCGCAAAGGAAAAGAGAGAGAGUCAGUGGAGCAGACAACUGCACCAAUGAGUCCAAAGAAGAUAACUGAAUCCAAUCAAGCUGCCCGGCCUACAGAUACCGUUGGAGCUGCGCCAACAAGCAAGUCCACCUCCGUGGGUAGUUUUUACCACCUUCCCCCAUAUCUGAAAUUACAUGAUGUCUUGAAGGCUACCUAUGCAAACUAUAAGGUUACCUUGGACCUUCAAAACAGUAAUGAAAAAUUUGGGAACUUUCUACGUGCCGCUUUGGAUGUUCUAUCUCAGCUUUUAGAGAUUGCAACCCUUCCUGACAUUGGGAAGUGCGUGGAAGAAAUCCUUGGCUACCUAAAGUCCUGUUUUAGCAGAGAGCCUAUGGCAGUCAUAAUUUGCGUACAGCAGCUAUUGAAGACUCUUUUUGGAACAAACCUAGCAUCUCAGUAUGACAGCUGCUCAUCCAACCCCAGUAAAUCUCAAGGCAAGGUGCAGCGUCUUGGCUCCUCUAACCUGAGACCGGGACUGUAUCACUACUGCUUCAUGGCGCCCUACACUCAUUUCACUCAGGCACUUGCUGAUGCUAGUCUGAGGAACAUGGUCCAAGCUGAGCCUGAACAAGACACAUCAGGGUGGUUUGAUGUGCUACAGAAGGUUUCAACGCAGCUGAAAUGCAAUAUGACAAAUGUCACGAGACAUCGAGCUGACAAGAAUAUGAUACACAACUAUAUCCGGCUCUUCGAACCACUGGUUAUUAAGGCUUUAAAGCAGUACACAACAACCACCUCAGUAUUUCUGCAGAGACAAGUGCUUGACCUGUUGGCCCAACUUGUGCAGCUCAGAGUGAACUACUGUCUACUUGAUUCGGACCAGGUGUUCAUUGGGUUUGUUCUGAAGCAGUUUGAAUACAUAGAGGUUGGCCAGUUCAGGGAGUCGGAGAUGAUCAUUCCCAACAUUUUUUUCUUCUUGGUGUUGCUGUCAUACGAACGCUAUCAUUCCAAGCCGAUUAUUGGAAUUCCCAAAAUUAUUCAGCUGUGUGAUGGAAUCAUGGCCAGUGGCCGGAAAGCUGUAACACAUGCAAUCCCAGCACUACAACCUAUAGUCCAUGAUCUGUUUGUUCUACGAGGAACAAAUAAAGCUGAUGCAGGCAAGGAGCUGGACACACAGAAGGAAGUGGUGGUUUCUAUGUUGUUGAGACUCAUCCAGUACCACCAGGUGUUAGAGAUGUUGAUACUGGUGCUCCAACAGUGCCACAAAGAGAAUGAGGAUAAGUGGAAACGCCUUUCACGUCAGAUAGCUGAUAUGAUACUACCAUUGCUUGCUAAACAACAGAUGUACCUUGAUUCACAUGAAGCUUUGGGAGUAUUAAAUACUCUAUUCGAGACGGUGGCGCCAUCUUCCCUGCGACCAGUUGACAUGUUGCUGAAGAGCAUGUUUGUUAUGCCUGCGACUCUGAUCUCAGUGGGAACAGUUCAGCUUUGGAUUUCAGGCAUUCUUGCCAUCCUGCGAGUGCUGAUCUCUCAGUCCACUGAGGAUAUUGUCCUGUCCCGAGUCCAAGAGCUUUCCUUGUCCCCGUAUUUUAUUUCCUCUCAGAAUAUCAAUAGGUUGAGAGAAAGAGGAAACCAGGUGUCACCAGCAGAGGAGCAGAAUGAAGAAACGUUGAGUAAACAUUCACCAGAAGAAAUCUUUGCGAGGUUUCUGUUACAACUGGUGGGGAUUCUCUUAGAAGAUAUUGUGAACAAACAGCUAAAGGUUGACAUGAGUGAACAGCAGCAUUCAUUUUACUGUCAGCAGCUUGGCACUUUGCUGAUGGGUCUGAUACAUAUCUUCAAGUCAGGGACGUUUAGAAGAAUUACUGCAGCUGCCACCAAGUUAAUCAAAGGGGAUGGUUCUGAUGGUAACUUCUCGACAUUGGACAGCUUGAAUAUCCUGGUUCAGUCCAUUAUUCCUACUCAUCCUUCUCUGGUGCUGCUUUGGUGCCAAAUCCUGUUGCUUAUGAACUACACAAACUACAAGUGGUGGUCAGAAGUGCACCAAACCCCCAAGAGACACAGCUUGUCCAGCACAAAGUUGCUAGGUCCUCAGAUAUCUGAGGAAAAUGAAGAAACAAAAUCUGCAUCUAAAUUGGGCAUGUGCAAUCGAGAAAUAGUUAGAAGAGGAGCCCUUAUUCUUUUCUGUGAUUAUGUGUGUCAAAAUCUUCAUGAUUCAGAACACCUGACCUGGCUGAUAGUCAACCAUGUUCAAGACCUCAUCAAUCUUUCCCACGAACCUCCAGUGCAAGAUUUUAUUAGCGCUAUUCAUCGAAACUCUGCUGCCAGUGGUCUUUUCAUUCAAGCCAUUCAGUCUCGAUGUGACAAUCUUACAACCCCAACCAUGCUGAAGAAGACUCUGCAGUGUUUAGAAGGAAUCCAUCUCAGCCAGUCAGGAGCUGUCCUAAUGCUCUAUGUGGAUAAACUAAUCAGAACACCUUUCCGAGUAUUGGCACGAAUGGUGGAUACUCUUGCUUGCCGGCGAGUCGAGAUGCUUUUGGCAGAGAACUUGCAGAACAGUGUUGUUCAAGUGCCACGUGAAGAGCUGGAAAGGAUACAGCGAUAUCUGCAGAACACAUGUCUGGCUCAGAGACACCAAAGAUUGUAUUCCCUGCUGGACAGGUUCCGUACAACAAUUGCAACAGACACAGUCAGCCCAUCGCCAAUAGUGACCUCUCACCCACUGGAUGGGGACAAGCUUUCUGCUGUGGAAUCUAUAGUUGUGGACAAAGAAUGGUACGUAGCGCUUGUAAAAUCCCAGUGCUGCAAUCGUGUGACUACAACACUAAUGGAGUGCACAGAACUACUCAGCAAGCUUCCUGAAGCUGAUCUCCACACCAUCAUAACAGUUAAGGAAUUCAGUUUGAAUCUUCUGACUCCUUGUUUGGCUUUGGGUUUGCAAGAAAUUUCUAUGGAGAAAAGCAGUAUCUUGUUUGAAACUGCCAGGAAAAUUACCUUAGAUCACAUGACUGUUCGUGUACAACGUCUUCCCAGCAGCCAUCAGGUGUUCCAAAUGGUGCAUCCAUGGCAGAAUUCCUUCUACUGGAAUAAAAUUGAUGAACUUUAUGGAGAUGUUCUCUUCUAUCAAACUGUCCUUCGUCUGUGCAGUGCAGUGGCUCAGUACCUUCUGUCUCUUCCCAAAUUACCUGCAGCUCUUCAGAUUCCUACUGACAAAGAGGCAGACAUUGCAAAAUUUGUUGUCUUGUCCCUGGAGGCGGUGAGCUGGCAGCUGAUGCAUGAUCAAGUUCCACUGAGCCUGGAUUUACAAGCCACUUUGGAUUGUUGCUGCUUGGCCUUGCAGCAGCCUGCUAUUUGGAACUUAUUGGCAUCUGCAGCAUAUGUAACGCAAGCCUGUUCAGUUAUCAACUGUAUAAGGUUCAUCAUAGAAGCGGUGGCAGUUGAACCAGGUGAUGAGCUUCUUCAUCUCGAGGACAAGAGGAAAUCAAAAAAUAGAAAUGAAGAUGAAGAGGCUACAAAUGUAUCUGAGAGGGCCAAGUACAUUGCAACAGCUUGUGAAGUAAUGGCUGAAAUGGUGGAGUGUCUUCAGUCUGUACUAUUCUUUGGACACCCCAGCAAUAAUCGAAUACCAGCGUUCUUAACUCCUCCCCUCAGAAAUAUUAGUAUCAAUCUGGCCAGACUGCCUCUGGUUAACAGCUACACCCAUGCUCCUCCUUUGGUCUGGAAAUUGGGGUGGUCGCCAAGCCCGGGUGGUGAAUUUGGUACAGUUCUCCCUGAAAUACCAGUGGAGUUCCUUCAGGAGAAAGAAGUUUUUAAGGAAUUCAUUUAUCGGAUAAAUGUCCUUGGAUGGACCAGCCGAACUCACUUUGAGGAAACCUGGGCAACUCUGCUUGGUGUGCUCGUGACCCAGCCGUUAGCGAUGGAUCAGGAAGAGGAGGUUCCACAAGAGGAGGACACUGAGAGGACCCAGAUUAAUAUUCUUGCGGUGCAAGCAAUAACAUCCUUGGUGCUAAGUGCCAUGGCAAUUCCAGCAGCAGGGAAUCCAGCCACUAGCUGCCUUGAACACCAGCCUCGUAAUAAAACUUUGAAGUCUCUCGAUACAAGGUUUGGAAGAAAAUUGACUCUUAUCCGGGGAAUUGUGGAACAGGAAAUCCAAGCAAUGGUAUCAAAGAGGGACAACAUAGCAUCCCACUAUCCGUACCAAGCAUGGGACCCUGUGCCAUCUCUAUCUGCUUCGACAACUGGUGCCCUGAUAAGCCAUGAAAAGCUUUUACUACAGAUAAAUACCGAGCGGGAAAUGGGGAACAUGAAUUAUAAACUGGGACAGGUAUCCAUUCAUUCUAUCUGGCUGGGAAACAACAUCACCCCAUUGAGAGAAGAAGAGUGGGAUGAAGAUGAGGAAGAUGAAACUGAUGUGCCUGUUCCAUCCUCUCCUCCAACUUCGCCAAUUAAUUCAAGGAAGCAUCGGGCUGGGGUUGACAUUCAUUCCUGUUCCCAGUUCUUACUGGAACUCUACUCUCAGUGGAUACUUCCCACUAACACUGGCAAGAAAACCCCUGUUGUCCUGAUCAGCGAGGUGGUAAGAUCGCUUCUGGCAGUUUCGGAUUUGUUUACUGAAAGAAACCAGUUUGAAAUGAUGUACAGCACUCUGACAGAACUGCAGAAACUGCAUCCGGCAGAGGAUGAAAUUCUUAAUCAGUAUUUAGUGCCUGCAGUCUGUAAGGCAGCAGCCGUUCUGGGCAUGGAUAAGGCUAUUGCAGAGCCUAUAAGUCGUCUGUUGGAGACCACAUUGCGAAGUACUCAUAUGCCUUCUCGGAUAGGAGCACUGCAUGGAAUUCUUUACAUUCUGGAAUGUGAUCUAUUGGAUGAUACAGCAAAACAGCUCAUUCCAAUCAUCAGUGAUUACCUGCUGUCCAACCUGCGUGGAAUAGCACAUUGUGUUAACAUCCACAAUCAACAGCAUGUAUUAGUGAUGUGUGCAACAGCCUUUUACCUGAUAGAAAACUACCCACUCGACGUGGGACCUGAAUUCACUGCAGGCAUCAUUCAGAUGUGUGGUGUAAUGAUCUCUGGGAGUGAAGAAUCUACUCCUUCUAUAAUCUAUCAUUGUGUGCUGCGUGGGAUGGAACGUCUUCUGCUGUCAGAACAACUUUCGCGUUUGGAUGGAGAGGCGCUGGUAAAACUCAGUGUAGAUAGACUGAAUAUGCACAGUCCUCACAGAGCAAUGGCUGCAUUGGGAUUGAUGCUAACCUGCAUGUAUACAGGCAAAGAGAAGGGCAGCCCUGGACGGAUUACAGAAACCGACUCCACAGCUCCCGACAGUGAAUCUGUCAUCGUGGCUAUGGAACGGGUAUCAGUCCUGUUUGACAGAAUUAGGAAAGGGUUUCCUUGUGAGGCACGAGUUGUGGCACGGAUCCUCCCACAGUUCCUUGAUGACUUCUUCCCACCCCAGGAUGUGAUGAACAAGGUUAUUGGUGAAUUUAUUUCCAGCCAGCAACCUUACCCACAGUUGAUGGCUGCCGUUGUUUACAAGGUGUUUCAAACACUUCACAAUACUGGACAAUCUUCCAUGGUGAGGGACUGGGUAAUGUUGUCACUCUCAAAUUUCACUCAGAGAACGCCGGUAGCGAUGGCAAUGUGGAGCCUCUCCUGUUUCUUUGUCAGUGCUUCUACCAGCACAUGGAUCUCAGCCCUCCUUCCCCAUAUUGUCAGCCGAAUGGGUAAAUCGGACCAGAUUGAUGUAAACUUGUUCUGCCUAUUAGCCAUGGAUUUUUACAGGAAACAGAUUGAAGAGGAGCUGGAUCGCCGGGCCUUCCAGUCAGUCUUUGAGGUGGUGGCAACCCCCGGAAGUCCAUAUCAUCAACUCUUGACUUGUUUGCGAAGCUUCCAUCAGGUUGCAGAGUUGUGAAUGCAGUGUCUGCACUUGACAUGUGGAGAAGACUUAUUCAUUAAACAAAAUGGCAUUACUCAGUGACACAUUGAUGGUUGUUUUACUGCAAUCUUCGUGCUCUAAGUCACUCCUAGCAUGUUGAAAUUUCCUUCAGAAUUUUCGGGCUCUUCAGUUACAUGUUGUAACGUGGUUUUAUGUAAAAUUUAGUGCAUAUAAUCACAAAUGUUAAUCUUCUCAGGAUGUAAGAUGUGGUAAUAUCAGUAAAACUGUCUUUUAACUGAAGAUUUAUAUAUCAUGUAAAGUAUGUACAAUUGUAAAACCUGUGAUGCAUGAAUUUAUCCCAUAAUUUGCAAUGAAGAAAACCACUAUGUUGAA